GGCAGCUUCUGGGUCCUCAGGACUCGCGUUACGUCAUUCAGCCUUUCCGCACGGACCUCCGUGGGAAAAACGUGGCGUGAAAAAGUGUGGUUAUUAUUUCAUCUUAAAGUUACUAUCGGGUCAAUAAUGGAGUACAUGCAGUCUGUUGGCACACCCAACCAGGGAAAUAUCCUGUGCUGCACUUGUGGCGUCCCGAUCCCCCCGAACCCGGCCAACAUGUGCGUGCCUUGUCUGCGCACGCAGGUGGACAUCUCGGAGGGAAUUCCCAAGCAAGUCACUGUGCAUUUCUGCAAGCAAUGUGAACGGUACUUGCAGCCUCCAGCCACUUGGUUGCAAUGUGCCCUGGAAUCCAGGGAGCUUCUCACUCUAUGUCUGAAAAAAAUUAAAGCCUCCAUGACCAAAGUGCGUCUUAUUGACGCUGGCUUCCUGUGGACCGAGCCACACUCCAAAAGGAUCAAGAUGAAAUUGACCAUACAGAAAGAGGUGAUGAAUGGUGCCAUCCUCCAGCAGGUUUUUGUAGUGGAGUUUGUUAUCCAGCCUCAAAUGUGCAGUGACUGCCACCGUGUGGAGGCCAAGGAUUUCUGGAAGGCUGUGGUUCAAGUCAGGCAGAAGACUGCUCAUAAAAAGACUUUCUACUAUCUUGAACAACUGAUCCUCAAACACAAGCUUCACCAGAAUUCCCUCAACAUCAAAGAAAUUCAUGAUGGCAUCGACUUUUACUACAGCACCAAGCAGCAUGGGCAGAAGAUGUUGGACUUUCUCCAGUGUACUGUACCUUGCAGAUCAAAGACAUCCCAGCGUCUCAUAUCUCAUGACAUCCACUCAAACACGUACAACUACAAGAGCACGUUCUCUGUGGAGAUCGUGCCUGUUUGCAAGGACAACGUUGUGUGCCUUUCACCACGCCUGGCUCAGAGCCUGGGGAAUAUGGGUCAAGUGUGCGUGUGCGUCCGUGUCACCAGCACCAUACACCUCAUUGACCCAAACAGUCUGCAGAUUGCUGAGGUGGAUGGGAACACAUACUGGCGCCAUCCCUUCAACAGCCUCUGUCACCCACGGCAACUGGAGGAGUUUAUUGUCAUGGAUAUUGACAUCAUCAGAAACCAGAAGCUGCCUGCCGGAGCCUGCAUGAGGUCCAAUAAGCACACCCUGGCUGAGGUGUGGGUACAAAAAACAUCUGAGAUGGACACCAGUCAGCAGUACCACUGCCGCACAUUCCUUGGCCACCUGCUUAACAUCGGAGACCUGGUCAUGGGCUUCGACUUUGCCAAUUCCAACGUCAACGACGAAUUCCUGAAUAAGAUGAACCCCCAUCAUGUUCCUGAUGUGGUGCUAAUCAAGAAGAGCUACGACCGCAGCCGUAGAGCAAGGCGCAGGAACUGGAAACUGCUGGAGAUGGCAAGAGACCGAGAAAGCCUGGACACGGAUGACGAGAGACAAUACCAGGACUUCCUGGAAGACCUGGAGGAAGAUGAGGCUCUGCGAAAGAAUGUUAACAUCUACAGAGAUGCCUCCAAGAUCCCAGUGGAGAGUGACACAGAAGACGACGGCGCACCGCGGAUCUCCUUGACGGACAUGCUGGAGGAGCUCAGCCUCUCUGAUGCCACAGGAGGCGAGGGGGCCGGCAUGAUGACCGAGUAGCCUUCACAGGGGAACUCUGCACAUAAGUUUUAUCCUCAACUUUCUCGUAUAUCAUGUUUCGUAUUGUACGAUUUGAAACAACUGAUCCCUAACAUCACAUUAAAAUACAUACUUCACCAUA